AUGAUGGCCAUGGUGAAUAAGGUGUUGGACUGGAUUCGGAGUCUGUUCUGGAAGGAGGAGAUGGAGCUGACGCUUGUAGGACUUCAGAAUUCCGGAAAGACCACUUUUGUCAACGUGAUUGCGAGCGGCCAAUUCACCGAAGACAUGAUCCCAACAGUGGGAUUCAACAUGCGAAAAAUCACAAAAGGCAACGUCACAAUCAAACUCUGGGACAUUGGAGGCCAACCGCGAUUCCGUUCGAUGUGGGAGCGCUACUGCCGCGGUGUCAACGCCAUCGUCUUCAUGGUCGACGCUGCCGAUGAGGAGAAGUUGGAAGCGUCGAGAAAUGAGUUGAUGCAGCUGUUGGACAAGCCACAGCUCGACGCCAUUCCGGUUUUGGUACUUGGAAACAAGAAGGAUUUGCCUGGAGCAUUGGAUGAGCGGCAGUUGAUUGAGAGAAUGAAUCUGUCGUCGAUUCAGAAUCGCGAGAUUUGCUGCUAUUCGAUUUCUUGCAAAGAAAAGGAGAAUAUUGACAUCACCCUCCAAUGGCUCAUCGACCACUCAAAGGCGCAACGUUAA